AUGACGACAGAAGAACCAGCGCCAAAACACUCUGAUUCCGAAACAGGAAUUAAAUUGGCAUUGGAUCCGAACUUAAUAACAUUGGCACUAAGCUCUAACUCAAACUCCAAUCUUCAUUCACCAGCAUCUGACGAACCAGUGCCUAGAUCCGGAGAAAAGGUGGAUGACAAUGCUCACUUAGAAGGUGAUGAAGUGGAGAACAAGACAAAGAAGGAUAAUGACAAGAGACUGAAAUUUCUGAAGAAUAAAAAUUCAUUGGUCAGCAAUCCACAUGAAAUUUACGGUUCCAUGCCAUUAGAACAAUUGAUCCCAAUCAUUUUAAGACAGCGUGGUCCAGGAUUUAAGUUUGUUGAUUUGAAUGAAAAGGAAUUACAAAAUGAGGCUAAUCAACGCGAUAACGAUGAUGCCGAUGACAGCAACAACAACGAGAAGAAAGACGGCAAUGCUGAGGAUGAAAACGUACAAGUGGGAGAGGAUUUCAUGGAUGUUGAUUAUGAAGACAAAAAUGAUACAUCAAAUCUAAUCAACGAAGCGGAGCACAAGACAAAUGAAACCGGUGAGGCAGAUGAUAACGUAGGGACGAUGAUGACACAAGAACAAUUUGUCAAGAGAAGGAAAGACAUGGUAGAACAUAUCAAUUUAGCUAUGAACGAAUCGUCUCUAGCUCUAGAAUUCGUUUCUUUGUUACUAUCAAGCGUUAAAGAAUCUACGGGCAUGUCUUCAAUGUCUCCGUUUUUGAGAAAAGUUGUAAAGCCUUCCAGUUUAAACAGUGAUAAAAUACCAUAUGAACCGCCUACAAAGGAGGAAUUUAUUGAGUUAGAUAUAUUAAACAAAGGCUGGAAGUUACAAAGCUUAAACGAUUCUAAAGAUUUAUUACGCAGGAGCUUCAAUAAAUUAAGUUUUAUCUUGCAAAAUGAGCAUGAUUAUUGGAACAAGAUAAUGCAAAAUAUCAGCAACAAAGAUGUUAUUUUCAAAAUUAAAGAUAGAUCUACCGGUCAGAAGCUAUUAGCAAUCAAAUAUGGGUAUGAGGAUUCCGGAUCUACGUAUAGACACGAUAGAGGUAUUGCCAACAUAAGGAAUAACAUUGAAUCUCAGAAUCUGGAUUUGAUACCCCAUAGUAGUUCUGCAGUUAAAAGUACGGAUUUCCUACAUUCGGUGAAGAAAUUUUUAAGAGUCCGCAUUUUCACAAAGAUUGAAUCUGAAGAUGACUACAUAUUGAGUGGGGAGAGUUUAAUGGAUGGCGAUGGCGAUAAUGAUGAGACUGAGACAAAAGACAUUAGAAAACAGAUACAAAUAUUGAAAAAGAUUAUUUUUGAAAAGGAACUAAUGCAUCAGUUGAAGAAAGAAUGCGCUUUAUUGAUUUCAUAUGGUGUCAGUAUUGAAAACGAAAAUAAAGUUAUAAUUGAAUUGCCUAACGAAAAGUUUGAAAUUGAGUUAUUGACCCUUGAUGAUGACUCCAUAGUCAAUCAUGAACAAGAUUUACCUAAAAUCAACGACAAGAGGGCCGAUUUGAUGCUUGUUAUGCUGAGGUUAUUAUUAGUAGUCAUGUUCAAGAAAACACUGAGAUCGAGAAUAAGUUCACCUCAAAGAGUCACCAACUUGAAGGUAGACAAUGAUGUGCUAUUAAUUCGUCCCAUCCUGGGUAAAGUUAGAUUUGCCAAUUACAAACUGUUACUGAAAAAAAUCAUAAAGGAUUAUGUGCUGGAUAUUCUCCCCGGUUCGAGCAUAACAGAGACUGAAAUUAAGAGAGAAGAAUCCCAAGAAAAUGAAAAUAUUGAUGACGAAAACAUAACGAGGUUGAACAAAGAAAUCCGUGCCUUUGACAAACUGUUAACUGUACCCAAGCGUGAACUCGAGAUAAACCUACCGCCAUCCGAGCACAAGAGCCCCAGAUUAAGCCUAAUACUAGAAAGUCCUAACUAUUGUAACGCAUUGAUUCACAUCAAGUUUGAAGAUACCUCUGAAGCCAACGCGGUCACCUUUGACACGACAUUCUCUGACUUCAAAGAAGUCGAGGACUUCCUACAUUUCAUCGUUUCUGAAUUCAUUCAACAAAAGAAGAUGUAA